AGAAAACACCACCAAAAGUAAAUAUCCGUGUAAAAACACAGCACUGGCCGCCCUGCUGUGCAGGACGGGAUUAUUAAACAGAUCCGCAUUUUUAAUGAUAUUUAAAUUAAAUUUUUUAAUUCAUUUUUGAUCUUAUUUCAUAUUUAUUUCGCUACACAGCGGAGAAAUGAGAUUACUGUUCCUAGCUUGCCUCAGUCCAAAAACUGGGAACUGCACUACUGCCGAAAGGAUCAGAGAUCAUAUCGAGAGCGCAGGUCAUGUCUGUGUACUUCGGGACACCAGAGAUUUCAGCUCAGCUUCUGAAGUAACACUGCUGAUGAGUCAAGAUCAAGAACCAUUCGAUGCAGCGUUGGCGAUUCAUCUGUAUAAAGGAGGAAGGCUGCUAUUAGAUGCUGGAGUGCCUUUCGGAGUGGUUUUCGGAGGGACGGACAUCAACGAAGACGUGAAGGACGAACACAAACGAAGCGUCAUGAAGAAAGUUCUACACAAAGCCAGGUUUGCUGUAGCCUUCACAGAGGAGAUGAAGCAGAAAGCGAAGACCCACUUGGACUGUGACACCAUGAAGAUCUAUGUACAAGCUCAAGGAAUCGAGACGAGAACAAGCUCCGAUUUCAGCUGGACCGAUUUCUUACACACUUCAGGAGUGUGUGUGGAUCGAGUAGAUGACCUACACGUGUUCCUGUUAGUGUGUGGACUCAGAAAAGUGAAGGACCCUCUCUACCUGCUGAACGCCUUCUCAGAAUGGCAUGCCCAGAACCCUCUGGUGAUCCUCAUCAUCAUCGGCCCAAAGAUCGACCCUGCACUCAGCUCAGAAGUUAAAGAAUGUGUAAAGAGAUGUUCUGGAGUAUUUUUAGCAGCAGAGAGGAACCAGGAGGAACUCCACGCCGCCAUGAGGAAAGCGUUCGCAGUCGUCAAUUCUUCCGUGUCGGAAGGCAUGUCGGCCGCCAUCUUAGAGGCCAUGGAUUUGUGUGUGCCGGUGUUAGCGAGGAACAUUCCGGGGAACGCUGCAGUUGUCCGACACGGGCACAACGGCCUGCUCUUCUCCUCCCCUCAGGAGUUUGUGCUUCUGUCCAAAAGACUGCUGAGAGACAAGGAACUGCAGGAGAACCUGAAGAGCAACGGGAAACACUACGUCACGGAAAGACACGACUCUGCAACAGAGAGAAGGACGUACCAGCAGCUGGUGGAGAAACUGCAGUAAAGCUCAGAUCUUCUCAAACGUCAGUUCCAGGAGAACGUCUCCAAGUUAUGAACACGUUUAUAUGAGUGAGAACCUUUUAGAUCCUUCAGUCAACAAACAUCACACGUUCUGGUUUGUGGUUACAGGACCGAUUUUAAGAAUAAUCACUAUGGCAACACACACAUUUCAUUUUAUAGGAAACAUUUUCAACCUGAACGUGUUUCUAAACAGUUCCACUGAAACAGGAAAGUCCACUAAGAGUUUCACUAUUUCAGGUGCUUCAUCUUGUAGGAACAUUUAGAACAUCAGAGAUCUUUAGUGUCUGUACGACUUUUUAAACCGAACAUCAGGGUCCAUUUUAUCGGCGAGCAGCUGAACAACAUGUGAUCAAUUCUCUUUACUGCUACACUACAUGGACAAACGUAUUGGGACACCUGACUUUUCCACCCAUAUGUGGUUCCUUCUUAAACUGUUGGAGACACACAAUUGUAACAGACGUCUUUGGAUUCAGGAGUCUGAAAUUCUGCCUUUAUUUGAACUAGGAGACCCAAAACCUGUUCCAGUGUGCACAAAGCCAGCACCAUGAAGAUCUGCUUUACAUGGUUUGGAGUGGAAGAUCUCCUGCUUUAGAUCUCCAACCCAAUUGAACAUGA